AUGCGGAGUGCUUCCUUAACCUGGAGGCGGAGGCUCUCAGCGCCGCCUGCAGAAUCCUCACCUCCGGACACCUCCAUCUCCGAGGAGUCCGAGGGGGCAGCCUUUCCCAGGGCGCUCCCCUCCGCUGCCAGCCGCUCUGCCGGCUCAGAGCGGCUCCCAGCCGCUCUUGUGGAGCCCUUCCCCUUGCCCCUACCCCGCGCAGCCGUGGGGAUUUUGGGGGCUGGGGCCUCCUGCUCGAUGGAGGACGGCUCUCGGCCAUCCUCCAACCUGGGACGUUUGAAAACGCCCCGGUCUUUUUUGUGGCGCAGCGCGAUGCUGACGCCAGACAAUGAUGAGUCGGACUCUGAGUCCGACUCCUUCCUCCCCGGGGCCCGUGCCCGAGACUUGCUGGACGGGGCCAGCGCCUCCCCACGAACCCGAGAGCCAACCUGGCCCUCGCUAUCGCCUCCAAGCGAGCUGACCUCGCUUGCCUUCUCCUCACCGACAUCUCCAUUGAAGUCCCACGAGUAUGGGGGAAAUAAGAGGUCCGCCCAGGGAGAGCCCCCUGUCCCUGGUUCAUUUUGUGUGGCUGUAGGAAACGUAAUACGAACAGAGAAAGUAAUUGAAGAAGUCAAUGCGAACCUAGAGAAUGCGGCCAACGGCGACGAGAUUUUCAAGAAGAUUGCCGCUGGAGAGAGCAUUACAGAGAAACCAGGAAUAAUAAUGUUCACUGCGCCUUAUAAAUUGUGUGAAGGUGGUUGCAACGGAAGUGACGGCGGGAAUAUCAUGUUGCAGUUCCCACUGUUCAUUGGAAAGAGAGGCCGAGACGCCUACAAACGUAUAUUUCAUAGAGACUCCGAUAAAUUGUACUCGACAGUUAAAGGGUGGCCGUUCAAAGUGAAGACGAAGAGAAUGAAAGCAGCGAGUCCAUGUGUGACUCUGCAAGUCAAUAUUGUAACAACUACAACUACCACGACCACAACUACCACGACUACAACUACGACAACUACAGAAGCACCAACCACAACUACUACCACCACUGAGGCACCAACCACCACCACUACUACCACAACUACGACAACCGAAGCACCAACCACCACCACUACAGAAGCACCAACCACCACUACAGAAGCACCAACCACCACCACAACCACCACUACAGAAACACCAACCACCACUACUACAACAACAACGACAACAGAAGCACCAACAACCACCACCACUACUACUACCACAGAAGCACCAACAACCACUACCACUACAACAACCACAGAAGCACCAACUACUACCACAACCACCACUACAGAAGCACCAACCACCACUACUACCACAGAAGCAACAACCACUACGACUACCACCAACGCACUGCCCACACCUCAAUGCCCAUACUUUCCUCCUGACCCAGUGUGCGUCGUUCUAUUUCUGAUGUGUAUGGUCACGGAAUCCUGGCAGGGUAUGAUGCCCUGGGACAAAUGGACUUGGUCCAUGCCACAGGAACCAAUUCAGUAUUUCUUCAGAAAACAUGACAACUUGCCUCUGAAAUGGAUGGUUCAAGUAUUAGUGCAGUACGAGAUCAUAGUAAUAACGUCGCCAUCAAUCACCGGUGUCACGUACAUGGACAACUUCGAUUUCGAGGAGAGAUACAGAGACGUUAAUGAAUUUACAACUAAGAGACUUCAAAGUUAUAAGCUUACAAAUAAAAAAACUGUAUACAUCCUACAAAAUUGUUCCAGCAAUGCAGAUACCAAUUUUGAUCCUCCACCAAAAUAUGUCAAAGAAAGGUCGGCAAAUGAGCAUGCGGAUUACCUGAUGUUCCUUAUCAUAGCGCUGUCACUAGAAGAAAUAAAAUGCUCUAUAGACGGAACUUUUUCCAUACCACGGCGAAACGAAACAAAGGCAGGUGAAGAUCCCUGCAACCCACUCUACUGGUACCCAAAACCUAUUCCAGAAUUCUGUAACUACCGGAACAUGCCUACUCCACCCCCAAGCGACGGAUCCGACAAGCCUGUUCCUGUCCCUAUACCGGUACCCUUGCCUCCACCCAUACCAAUACCAGUGCCUGUCCUGCCUCCGCCAGUAGUGCACCCAACUGUGCCAUCGGAUCCGCUACCACCUAUUGCUGUUCCUCAUCCAAUCAUGCCCCUACCGAUACCAUUACCAUUCGGUAUUCCUCUUGCUCCUACAAAUCCAAUGGUUCCAGUGGCAGGAAUUCCGCUGCCACCUCCACAAAUGGCACCCUCACCCGAACCAUGUCCUCCUCCACCACCUUACUCAGUACCUUAUUCUCCUUCCUUCGGUCCACCAUAUCGUUCGCCAUUCUCACCAGCCGUCCAACCACCUUUGCCUUUUGCUCAAUUCUAUCCACCUAUGUCACCAUAUCCUGCUGCUUAUCCAUCACCGUACCCUGCUCCUUAUCCACAACCCUAUGCUGCCCCCUAUGCAGCACCUUAUCCUGCUCCCUAUCCUAUGCCCCCCCAUAAAGGAAUAGGAAUGGUUCCUGGAAUUCCGGGCUUAGUAAGUCCAGACGGUGGAGUCAACAUAAUGCCCUUCUCUGAUGCUUACUCUGACAUGCUUGAAAUGCAUAAGCAAAAGAUGAUAAGAAGACGGAUGCAGAAGAUGCUGGAAGACUAUGAACUACCACCGUGGAGUUCUCGGAGAAAAACAAGACGACACAAUGGUAACAGAGUUAGUUCCGAAAAUAAGGAUAGGGAAAAUUAUAGGUUUAAACAAAGCAAUGAAGUUUUUUGA